GCGCCAGCAGUCUUGGGCGAGGAACGAGUGUAGUUGUUCAGUAUGGUUAGAACAAGUGCGUAGAUAUAUCGCAGUCCUAAAACCAGACUUGUGUGUGGAAAACCCCGGGAUAUUACACUCAACACCACAAAAAUGAAUGACCUACACGACCGAAAUGACGAACUGGACGCUUGGAUAACAAACUGGGAACGGCAAUGCAUCGAAGAAGUCGAAAGCAGUCCCGAUUUGGAGACCCAAAUCCAAAAUGAAAAGGACACAUCUUCACAAAAGCUUUGGCUCCUUUUCCAAAACUCAGCCACUUGUGUAGCACAGCUGUAUAAAGAUCGUCAACACGGAUUGUCCCUGUGGGUGCCUUUUCAAAAUGCUGCUUCGAGCGUCACAAGCUUGUACAAAGAGUGCCUAGAAUCGGAAAAACGUGCCAGCGAGCUUGGCUUCCAGUGGGGAUACCAGCGCAGGACGCGAGACCUCCUUGCCUGGGCCAAGAAGCGGAAGCGCCACAUACGGCGUGAGGACCUCCUUGCUUUCCUCUCUGGCAAGGCCUCUGCGCCGCACCACCACCACCACCACUGGGGGUCGCCUCGGCAGAGGCUCACCCUGGACUCUGGGCUGCGUACGCCCCCACACCACCACCCGCGGCUAAUGUCUCCCAUGAUGACGCCCGUGGAGCAGCCCGUGCCCGAAGGGGACGAAGAAGUGGACCUGGAAACGUUCAAGGAGGCUCUUGCACUCUCUUCGGCUUUGGGCUCCAGCCGGGGUCACUCGUCACCGGGCAGCGGAUCUCCACCGAGCUAUCGGAGCAGCGGCGGAAGCGCCAGCCUCAGCAGCUUCAUCGCGGAGGAGUUUGCGCGGCACGUGGAGUCUCGGAAACGCAGCGCGUCCGGCAGUCCGGACGUGGUCAUGGACUCCCCCACCCACAAGCGCAGCCGCCUCAUCUGAUCAAGUCACACUUUUACGUGUAUAGUUAUAUAUGUAUUAUAUAUAAUUAUAUAGUGCAAAGGAAGAAGCUGCGAAGAGGGACUGGCAAAAGUGUGCAGGGUUUUAAGGAAUGUGUGAUUGGUCAUUAAAGAAUGGAGUGGGCCAAUGGGGAGUCUGAAAGGAGAAAGCACUUUUUUUGUGUGUGGGUGGAGCAGACAUAGCAUGCACUGUAAGUAGUUCAGUAAUAAAAGUAAGGGGAACAUAUUAAGGUGUGCAACUUCUGACAGGUGCACAGCAUACCCAGAUGCGUGAUAAAAAAAAAAAAAAGUCUCCGAAGUCUGCGUCAAAAUUCCCCCGCAUCGUGGAACACAAACGGGUUUGCUACAAAAUUUAGCCAGAGAGUGUCCAUUUGCUGGAUAACUUCUUUUAUUGAUAAGAUAAAAAAGAUGACUCUGCAGUCCGAGGCAGCUUCGCGUGGUGGUACGCUCGUUCGAGAGAUGACCACCUCUGCACUGAAGUGUCUGGUUAAAGUGUAUGUACGGUUAACAUUGAAUUCAUUUGAGUGUGCCUUCCUUUUUAUCAUGUUGUACCCCCGCGUUUCUGUUGGCGUUGUUUGUUUAGUACAGCUCUGCACACGCUUAACCAGAACAUCUUGCUCUCUUGUAGUCGUGAGCCUUGACUGUUGUGGAGAGAACUUGAAUGAGUUACGGGUGAGAUAGAAGAGAGGGAUUGUUUUGGCAGGU